AUGUCCAAGCAUGUGGCUUGCAGAAAAACUUUGGCUUUUGUUCCACCAGCUGAUGUUAUUGCUGCAUUCGAAGAAUUAAUCUCAACAGGAUACUAUGACAGAAAUAGUGAUGUCUUUCAAGAACUUUUGGAUUAUUUUGAAGCAACAUGGAUCGGAAAACCUAAACAUAAUCAUAAACGUCGUGAAGCACCUCUUUUUGCAAUCAAAAUCUGGAAUCAGUAUUCCUCUGUUAAGAAUGAUUUACCGCGAUCUAACAAUUUGGUCGAAGGUUGGCAUUCCGGAGUAAAUAAGCGGACUACUCAGGCUCAAGCAAGUAUUGCUGCAUUUAUAAAUUUUUUAAAAGAAGAACAGACUUUAACUGAUGUUGCAAUGACUCAGAUAAAUACCGGACUUAAUGUUGCACCUACACGUCGCAAGGCGUACCGUAAUUAUGAUGAUCGCUUAAAAAUGGUACCAAUAUUCGCAAUCGCUGAAAGAUGCUCAAAUCCAAAGAUAGCUAUCUUUACUUAUCCAGAAAUUGAAAAAAUAUCAACGUGUGUUCAUAAAAAACAUGGCCAGAGGAACUUCUGUCUUUCUUGUAUAUUUGUAGGCAGUGAUUACUUAGUGACUUUGAAUUCUUAUCCUUCAUUUCAAUUAAUAAUUUGGCUUUGGAGGACUGGAGAGAAUUUAAGAAUCAUCGACACAGAUAUUAGCGAUAUUAAUCAACAAAUUUCAUGUUCGAUGACGUUGCCGUUAUUUUUUACUCAACGAGGAGACAGCGGAAGAAUAAAAGUGUAUGAAGUCAAUGUAUGCUCGAAGAUAAUAUUACUCACAUCAUCAGUGAUUAAUACAAAUUUUAAUGUUUCUGAGAAAAUUGCUGCGUCUUCUUGGACUUUUGAUGGAAAUUUGCUGAUUGCUGAUGAUUUAGGCAACGUGUAUUUGAUUUUAAGCGACGGAAAACGACGAUAUAAAAUUGUUGAGUCAGUAUUGGAGAUACCGAUGCUUUCUAAACCAUUAAUUGUUGAUUUUCGGUGUGGAGUUGCGGUUGUUAAUUCAUGGUUAAAAAUAAAGUUUUACAGAAAAUCAUCAGAACACAGCAAGCAUUUCACACUAUGGAAGCCAAUAUGGGAGCUAGAAACGCAAUCACAACCACUAUUCAUGACUCGCAAUCCACAUCGAGACAGUCUUUUAUUCCACACUGAAGCGGGGGAAAUAGUGGAAGUAAGUGUCGGGGAUGAUGAUGUCCCACGAAUGCAAAUGGUCUGCCAUCAAGGCUCCACCUAUUCAUUUUUAAUGCCCAUCAAUCCUAAUGGAAGGCAUUGUGCUGCUCUCGACGAUUUUAAUCGUCUCGUUAUUAUUGAAAGUGAUUCUGGAAAUUUAACGUCCUCAAUUUCUUUAAAUUCUUAUGGAAAAGUUCUCAACGCGAUCGCUCAUCCUUUUGUACCACUAAUCAUCACAACAACAAUCAAUGGGUUAUGUAAUAUCACCAGCAUUAUCGAUGUACUGGCGCCAAUUACCAUAAAAUCGUUGUUUUUAACAAGAGCACCACUUUUAGAUAAAAUCAAAUUAUCAUUCGACGCCCGAGUACUUGCCGUCGCUAAUAAAAAUAAUGGGCAGUUAUUUUUUAUUAAUGAUUUCGACACAUUUAAAAUAAAUGUUUGGACGUCGCUGAAAAUUCAAUACCAAAUGGUCGAUUUUUUGAUCCACGAAAAUGAUGACAAUCGCCUGAAACUGCUGAUAUUAACAAAAAGCCAUCCUGAAAUUAAUAUCGGCAAAAGUGUCGUUAUCUACGUGAUAGAGAAGAAAUCAAUGUUUGAAACUUUGGGAAUCGUUGAGAGAAUAAUAGAACUGCCUUUUGCAUUCAAAAAUCUAAAUUACGGAUCGAAUAUUAAUGAAAUUAUCGCGAGUCCAUAUUUGAGCAAGCACUUGGUUAAUAUGAAGCUAGAGAAUAAUUUGAAAUCAAUACGGCUGACGGAGUGUGUUAACUCGUCACAUCAGUUGAGAGACGUUAAUAUCAACUCGGAUUCAUCAAUUACUUUGACGUACGGAGCUGAUGGGAUUUUAGUAAUGCGUAAUAGAGCGAAUAUUUAUCAAUUGACGGGUAUGUUUGCUUCGCACCAUCGACAUGAUGGAGGCGUAAAAUUUGCAAUCGUGUGUAUGGCUAGUAAUAUUGUUAUUUGUGUGGGGAAAAAUGGGAAUAUUAUUGCUACUAAAAUAAGCCAAUUAUCAGCAGUGAAUCAACUGGACUUGAAUGAACGUGACAUAAACUUUGUGAACACCUUUAAAAUUCUCUCUGAAACAACUUCAAGCGAUCUUGACAUUGAAUCGGAGUUACCUUGGCUCGAAUGGAUACAAAUACAGAAAUUAAAUGCUGAGAAAGAUUCCUCGAUUGCCAAACGCACUGAAUUAUUAUCCGAUGUCAAUAAACUUAAAAUAAAAUUGAAAAAUCUCCUGGAUGAAAAUGAAGAAGAAACUGAAGAUAAAAAAUUAGCCACCGAAACUUUCGAUUUAAAUACUCAAGCGCGUUUCGAACAAAUUACACGGAAUAACUUAGAUCAAGAGGAAUUAGAGAAAACUAUUGGAGAGAAAAUUUCUGCGCAAGUUAAAAUGACGGAAUAUUUACGUAAAAUGUGCUGGGAUUCAAUGCUUGUUCCAGCUUGCUCUUUAAUUUCUUUAGAUGGAAAAAUUCGAGUGGAUAAUUACGCGCUUCCCUCGGUUUCUUCCAACGAGUUGCAGCCGAGAAGUUGGGAUAAAUUUUCCAUCGGCUUGGCAACUCGUAUGACAAGUAUUGACGCAGAAUUAAAUCAAUCAACUGCUGUCAAGAAUGAAGAAAGAACUGCUGACAACAAAGAAGAAUUAUUUUCCAUGAGUGGAACCACGUUUCAUCGAUGGAUAAAUUCGUUUCCUGGAGUUAAUCAAAUUUAUCGCAACGGAAGUUAUACUGAGGGAACUAGACUGAGAAUUUUUAUCAAGAUUCGCGAAGAGAAAUUGAAGCUCUUCUUCAACGAUUUAUUUACUAACAUGCAGCAGCUUAAGUCCCAAGAAAUAAAAACAACAAAGGAUCGCAUUGCUAGAAUGGAGCAUUGCUCAUCUGAGUUGAAAACGAUGUUCAACGUAGAGUUCUCAAUUGAUUACACGUGGUUACACCUUGAAUUAAGCGACUCCGAGAAACCUUAUACAAUUGUCGAGGUUGACGAUAAGGAAGUUUAUAAGUUAAUAACUUAUUCAAUAAACGUACCUCAUGAAAAUGAGGAUAAUUUACGGUCGGCUGAAGAUCAAGUCUCUUUGUUUCGGGAAAAAGCUUUGAUGAAAAUGAUGGGUGGAGUUCUUGAAGUUAGAUGGGAAGAUGAAAUAAAAAAAGACAUUGUCAAGCCAAAAUGUUUAUCAAAAAAUCCAAGUGAUUAUUCAGAGGAAGAUUUACGAAUAAUAAAAAAAUACGAAGAAGAUGUCAAAAUUUUAAACAACGAAAGAUUGAAGUACAAAAAAAUUCUACAAGACGAAAUUGUUUCUCUUCAAGUUUUACUGAAAAAAGGAGUGAAAUCUUUUGACGAAAAGCUAGAAAAUUUGUUCCUCGAGCGCAUAAAAAUCGAAUCAGCGGUGCUUCAAGAAAAUCUGAUGAAACAGCGGGAGUUAAGGAGGCACCAAUUGCGUUUACAGGGCAUAAAGGAGUUAAAUGACCUAGAAAACGAGUUUCUAGCAGCGUCCAAAGAAUUGAAAAGUCAAACCGAGGAGUUUUUGCAGCUGGAGUUGGUCUUAAAUGAAACAAAGCUGCGCUACGAAAAUUUGAGCAAGCGUGAAAAAUUGCUGGAGUCGAAAUUUCGAGGUGAGUUUCCGGAUUUGAAACAGCCUAUGGUUGAGCAUUUGUUGAGGCACUACAAAAAGCGGCCAAGAAAUGGACAAUUUCUCUGUACUUCGAUUACGUAUUUGUCGGAAUUGUCCCGGUGCAUUUUGACUGGAGACAAAUCGGAUAUUUUGCCGCGUGACUGCUUGGAUUUCUUGAAAGGCGUCAACAAUCUUGACAUCAUGCCGACCAGUUUGCCCAGUCAAAUAGACAGCAAUCAUUGGUUUCUGCUAUGCAAAUUAAGGAAGAAUAAAAUUGAGAUCGAAAUUAGGCUAAAAAGUUGCGCAGUAGAACUGGCAGAAGCAGAACAAACGUUGAAUGCUCACCAGAAAACAACAACGGGCUCGCAAAAUCGGGUGGCGCAAUUGAGAGACAUGAUGGAGAGUAGAAAAAAAAAAAACGAGGAUGUUAUGAGGAACAUGGAGGUGCAAUUGGUCCUGCAAAUGGGCCAGAUAGAAACCAAUUUGUGUAGCCAUCCGAGAGAAUUUAAAAACUCGGUGCUCGUUUCUUUUGACGAGGUGCUUAAAGUUAAUACGGCAAUUGUUGAGGCUGGGCGUAACAAACUUGGAGCCAUGAACCAGACCAUUGUUUUUCGCAAAACUAUUAAUUGGAAGGAGUGGUGUCAUAGCUGCCUCAAGAUGACACUACAAAAUAUGAAGGAAGAGUUAAGAGUUCUUCAAGAUGUUAAGGUCACGAAAGAAAUACAAAAGUAUCUGAUGCGUCAUUUGCAUACUCCUGGGUCAGAGAAGGACGUCGAUAUCUGGGAGAGAAGCGUCAUGUCUACCAAGAAGAAUUUCACCAGAAUACUAGAAGGGAAAAAAACAAAGCUGAUCGAUAUUAAGAGCCAGCUCGAUAACUGGCAGAAGCUCAACACCUCCGUAAACAAUAAGAUCCAGGAGAUAAAGCUAGCUACCUGCAAAUUAACGAUCCGCUGCAACGAAGACGCUAGAGUUAAGGAUUUUAAGCAUCAGAGGGUUAAAUUGAAGGCUAUCAUGAAGAAAAAUCGGCUGAUUACUAGAGUGCAGAAUAAUUAUGACGAUUUAUUGACGCUAAGAUCACAGCUCGAGACUCUUAGAUUGAAAACCUAUCCCACUCUGCGAUUGAGGAAAAAAUGAUUACCAUUAUUUAUUGUAAUGUUAAUUUUUAUAAUCUAUAAGGAAAAUGUAAAUGUAACACUAUUAUGUAACUUUGAGUAUAAUUUUAUCGUAAAGAAAUUUAAUUCUUUUAAGUAGUAAUGUCGAUCUCUAGG